CAGAAGGUUAAUUUAAGGGGCAUUUACAGACAUCUGAAUGCUUUCAGUAUGAUUGUUGCGUAAGAAAACAAACAAUAAUUUAUAAAUAAUGGUUGAAAAAUCUCCAUCUCCGCCGCCCGAGAGAGCUAUUUAUGGGUUUGUUAUUUUCCUUGGCUCUCAGUUUGCCUUCUUUCUGUACUGCCUGUGGGCAUUUGUACCAGAGGAGUGGCUUCAUUCAAUAGGGCUUACUUAUUGGCCUCAAAAGUAUUGGGCUCUUGCAUUACCAAUAUAUUUCUUGGUUACAAUAGUGGUGUGUGCGGUGGUGUUGUUUGGAGUGAACAUGAACAACACAGCUCCACUGGACUCUGUGGAUAACAUCACAGAUGUAUUUGCCCAAGGCCAGAGGACAGAAUGCUACAGGAAGGGGGGGAUACCCCAGCUGCAGGAUGUCUCCAUCAGUGAAGUCAACAAAAUGUUCUAUUUAUUACGCAAGACAUAACAAACAUUAGCUUAUUGUGCUGCAUGCUGAGUUGAAGAGGAGCUGCUAAUUAUGUAACCUUUACUUUGUGUUUAACAAAAUUAUUUGUUGUUUAGAAACCUGAUAACCUGAAUUAGCUGACUGUAAUAUUUUACACAUCUAUCUUCCACUUGUAAUUUAAAGAACUUUAGUUUC